CGUCACAACGGAGGGUGAUCUGUCAAUACGCGGUGAAGAAAUGAGAAUUUCGGCUCGAGCAGCGGUUCCCGACGUCUUUGCGUGUUUGUGAAGGUGGAAAAUGGCCUCGCACCGGGAGCUUUUGUGUUUUCCUGAGCGCUUCACGGACGGCGUGCGAUUUUAAAGCGGUCGCGUACACGAGCCGCACGCCUGCUGUCGCCAUCGACCUAAACUGGUUUUGUGUUUAGAAUAAAGAAGAUAUCCAGCAUCCCGACGCUUAUACUGAGCCCUAUGCGACUCUCAUCAGGUGAGAGAUGGAUAUGAGAGAGGUUUAUGUCGUGACCGGCAGCUUCGUGGGCUUUCAGCUCUUCUUCUCCUGCAUCAGUCCGGUUCUUUCCUCCAACUUCUCGCAGGGUUACGGGAGGUUACCACCCAACAAACUCAACGACUGGAACUCCAGGCUGGUAUCAACCGUCCAUGCAUUAAUCGUAGGGUUGUUCUGUCUCUAUAUCCUCUGGUAUGAUGAUGCAGUCAACAAAGACCCAGUCUGGGGAGAUCCUAACUUGGUAAAGCUGAAUGUUGCUAUCACCUGUGGAUAUCUCUUUUAUGAUCUUUUGCUAUUAGCUUGUAACUGGAGAAUUAUGGGAGAUGUGUUUUUUGUCUGUCACCACUUGGCGGCGCUGUAUGCUUAUGGAUAUGUUCUGACACAGGGAAUGCUUCCUUAUUUCGCAAACUUCCGGCUGAUUUCAGAACUGUCGACGCCAUUUGUGAAUCAAAGGUGGUUUUUUGUAGCACUAUCGUACCCCAGUACUCAUCCGCUGGUGGUCACCAACGGCGUCGCUAUGGCGGUCGUGUUCUUCCUCGUCCGGAUCGCCGUGAUGCCCCCGUACUGGGCGAAGGUUUUCGCUACGUUCGGUACGCCAGAGUUUUACCGGUUGGGUCUCGGUGCUCAGGUCGCUUGGAUCGUAUCUUGCGUUUGUCUGGACAUCUUAAAUACAAUCUGGAUGUACAAAAUCGCUCGCGGCUGCUACAAGGUCCUCAAAGGCAAGCUGAAAGGAGGCAAAUCGGACUCCAAACAGUCCACUCACAUGAACAACCACAAAGACUGAGCUAUCCAUGGGAAUGUAGAGAACAAUAUCAGCAAUAAUGACUUCUAGAUUAAUAAAUGUAUUGGGGAUAAACUUCCUUACCGUUAUGUCACAGAGGCUAAGAGGAGAGAUCAUAACCCGUGUUUCACUUGCUUGACUUUUACCGGUCCAGUUAGUCAAAGUAACUAACUUGUUAUGCAUCAAACACAACCAAAGGCCUCAAGUGCCUCUUAACAUAUGGAGACGCUCUAUAACAUCCAUCACAUCUCCAUUAUAAAGCCGGUGCCGAUCAAAUCUUCUCUCUUUGUUUCACACCCGUGCUGAUGUGUCACAGUCGAAUAUCUACAUUGCCAGUAUAGUUUGACCGGUUACAAGCCUCCAUGAAACCACAGAUCUACCUCUUCGAAGAGCACAAGCAGAUCUGCCGUCUUAAGCACAAGCAGAUUUUUAUAUCCAUCUCCAAGUGACGUUACAGGAAUAAUGACCAGCAUCUUUAAAGGAGGACGGUCUGGUCAAAUCAAACACUCAAAACCUUCACUGUUAAAGUUUAACACUUGCUUUGUUGCACGUGCAGCAGUCCAAUGAAGGUUGAAGCCUUCUGGGUUUUUAUAAUAAGUUUCCUUCGCCGUAUGACUAUGUUAUAUGAAGGACAUUAAUGUGAUGCUUGUGACGGUCGUGUGCAUGCUGUGUCUGCUCAUUUUCCUUCGCUUUUGCUUGUAUUUUUUAUCACGGCCUCUCUAAAGUGCUUAACAGUAAAGUGAGCGAGGCACAAACUUUCCUUACCUUUUUUCCUGCCAAAUUAAUAUUUUCUCACUGACGUUUCCCAUCCUUUAGGUCUUUGCAUGCGUCAUGAUGUUGAAUGCUGCUGUCGUGCUCUUCUUGAAUCUGAUUUCCAGCUGAUAUUUAUCUGUGCUGUGGUAUUACGAAUAUAUGUAUGAACGUAUGCAGGAUGCUUUCUUCUGCCAAGUAUUAGACAACAAGAGUAAAUCUCUGUAUUUUCAGAGGCAUAAAAAUCAGGUAGGCCUCCAAAACGAAUGUUAUUUCAUCUUAAAAUCAUCAAAGAAUUGGUGACAAAGAAUGUGACCCUGCAGGAUAAGAGGGAAUUUCGUGGAAGUUUUGCCUUACGUCCAUAAUUCAAAGUAUAACCAAAUACUCCUACAGACCUUAAAUGCUAAAAGCUGUGACCGUAAGAUAUAUAUAUAUAUAUAUGUAAAGUGAAGUUUGGGAGAAGAAAUGGCCGUUUGGUUGUGUAAUAUCUACACCUCAAAAAAAAAAUUUCAAGAAAAAAAAUCGUAGUCUUUUUAUCCUGUUUUCAUUUAAAAUAUAAUUUUUUUUUUAA